CUCUGCAGAAACGCCUCCGUCCGAACGGGAGCUGCUCCGCCGCCAUGCCGCGCUCCUGUCUGCUCGGUCUGUGCCAGUACGAGACCAACAAGCUGGUCCGGAUCCAGAGCGUCCGGCUCGGCUCUCUGAAGUGGAGCCUGAACGGAGCCAUUCUGCUGUUUAUCUGCAUCAUGAUGCUGUGGAACAGAAAGUACCAGGAGUUUGACCUGGUGGUGAGUUCAGUCACCACCAAGGUGAAGGGUGUGGCUCAGACCCAGCUGCCCGGUGUUGGGGACGUGGUCUGGGACGUAGUGGACUACAGUGGGCCCUCACAGGACAAAAACUCCUUCUUUGUGGUGACCAAUGUCAUUGUGACAAAGAAUCAGACGCAGGGAAAAUGUGCAGAGGUUCCCCAUAAUGGGAGACUGUGUCGGACUGAUAAGGACUGUGAGAAAGGAGCCUGGGACCAGCAGAGCCAUGGUAUUCAGACAGGAUCAUGCGUGAGGUUUGAUGUGAUGAAGAAAACCUGUGAGGUGUCUGCGUGGUGUCCGAUAGAAACCAAUACAAAACCUCCGAGGCCUGCUCUGCUGGCAGCAGCCGAGAACUUCACAGUGCUCAUCAAAAACAACAUCAGAUUCCCUGCAUUCAACUUCAUCCGAAGGAACAUCCUCCCAAAGAUGAACGACGCCUACCUGAGGAGCUGUCAGAGAGGAAACGACUCGCUGUGUCCGAUCUUCAGACUGGGAGACGUGGUUCGAGAGGCCGGGGAAAAGUUUUCUGAAAUGGCGAUAGAGGGGGGCGUCAUUGGCAUCCUCAUCAAAUGGGACUGUAACCUGGACCACAUCAUGCAGCACUGCCUGCCCAGAUACUCCUUCAGACGGCUGGAUGAGAAGGAGAGCAACAGGACGCUGUACCCCGGCCUCAACUUCAGGUAUGCAAAGUACAACACAGUGAACGGAGUGGAGGAGCGAACGCUGUACAAAGCAUUCGGGAUCAGGUUUGACGUCAUGGUGUUCGGACAGGCGGGAAAGUUCAGCUUCAUUCAGCUCAUCAUCUACAUCGGAUCCACGCUGUCGUACUACGCUCUGACGACCGUGCUGCUGGACUGGCUGAUUGGCACAAGCUGUUACUCUGCAGAGGUCGGACAAAACUACUCAGAGAAGAAAGUGGAGUCUGUCCAAGACAAAGACAAGUGCGUCCUCUGUGUGUCCUACGUUGACGAGAACAACAUUCGACUGUUGAAGAGAUCACAGAAGAAAAGUUUACAAGACGUCAAACCAAUGUCUGUGCAGCCGCGUAAGGAUGAUGCAGGACACCUGAGAGCCGUCCUCUGUCUGCUACAGCCGGGUGUAGCUGUGGAUCGUGAUGCUCAGCCUCUCCUCGACCAUAAAGCCGACGCAAAGCCCAGGCCCCGUCGUCCAGCCUGGUGUAAGUGUGACUGCUGCACUCCCUCCUCUCUCCCGCAGGAGGAGCUGUGCUGCAGGUGGAGCGACGGCGCCUGCAUCACCUCGUCUCCUCUGUUUGAGGAGCUGGUGUUACGUCGCUCCCUGCUGGAGGCUGUCCUUCUGUACCGGGACCCUCUGUCUACGCCCGCUGACCGAGGCCAGACCAGCGCCCUGCGCCACUGCGCCUACAGGCAGUACAUCAGCUGGAGAUUUGGAGAGCCACCUGACGUUGCCCACCCUGCCAUCCCCAGCUGCUGCGUGUGGAGGAUCAGGCGGGAGUACCCGAGCCCGGACGGACAGUACAGCGGCUUCAGACCUGCCAGGAUGGUGUCCCUGCAGGCCUGUGCUAACGGAGAGCUGUGAGAGGAGUGUUCCCAUCUCACAGAGCAGGGACUCCCCCGCUGACUGACCUACUAACAGCUUUUUUUUAUGGUGGACCUUCCUCACAAAAUAAAAAAUGCAAUAACUUCACUCACUUGGGUGCAGAAUGAACCGUUAGUCAGUUGUUGUCAGCUUGCGUUCGGUCAGAAGCAGGAUGAAAGGAUAAAUCUCUGCAUUUUCCAAGAUCCUCCGUCAGGUCGUUUGGCUGCUCAGUAAAAACAUCUGUCAAGCUUUUCUUUUCUCACUUUCACUGCCUUUAAGCAGCUUUUUUUUGCCUUUAUAGGGCAGAAAUAUCAUUUUUAACAUCGCUGACAUUCUCAGACAAAGAAUUUCACCUGGCAGGAAUGUGCUCACAUCCGUCACAUCAUAUGGAAACAUGGAGAACAUGCAGACUGUCAGAAAGGCAGCAUUUGUUUCAAACCACCUUUUGUGCCGACUGAACAAAUGAAAUAUAAGAUGUAAGUUAUUGAGCUUUAGAGGUGCUAACUGUUUGCGCCUGUCUCCAGCUUUAUGCUAAGCUAAACUAACCAACUGUUGCCUGUUUCUUAAUAUUUACGAUACAGACAUGAAAGUGGAGUCAGUCUUCUCACCUAAGAAAGCCAGUCAGCCUGUUUACCAAAAUGUUGAAGUAUUUCUUUAAAUCUUUUCUCACUGUUCAGUGGAUCUGCUUUGUGUCGUCUCUCCCAUCAGGCCGUGCGCACGCUGUUUACUUGUUUCUAAUAGAUGAUGAAUGGGGGUGAACUCCAUUGGGUGGUGUUUGGUGUGAGCUGGUGCCAGAGCCUCAGUUUCGGGGAUUAUAGGCAGCUUCAGAGAGAUGGAGCAGCUGCUCUGGCUGAGAGAAGAGAAAACACAGCUAACGGUCCAAAAUAAGUACGUACGUCUCCAGCAAAGAUAAGAAGCUUCAUUCAUCACGUCAGGACAUGGUUUCAGUGUGACAGCAGGACGAGGUGGUCGUAGGUUACCCAUAAUCCCUGCUGUAUAUGAAACGGCUCACCUCUGUUACACUUCCUCACAAAAUGAUCUGAAUAGCGAGACAAACCCAAAUCAGACAAAUUAGGAUUUUAUACGUUUAUUCUCUAAUAAAGCAGAGUCCCGGGGGAACUGGUCUGUGCUGAGCUGCUUUAUGGUCCAGAACAUAAAACAUAUUAUACAACAACAUGGUUAUUUUCCCUGCGUACCACAGAAUCAAAACGUGUCUGAAUGAUUCCUCUGGGCUGGUUGAUGCAGGACUUCGUUCCAGCCUCCUGCUUUUAGUGUAGGUUUCCCUUCAGGUGAAGGUACACUGAGACACCUGGCAGGUGUGUCCAGCUCAGCUUUAGACUGGUGCUCAUCCUCAUCCUCAGCCCAUUUUAAGAAUCCCACAGCGAUCAGUCUUCAGCUCUGUUUGGAAGUUUGGACGCCGCAGGAUGAAUUCAUGGAGAAAUUGAUUUUUGAAGUGAAAAGAAAUAAUUACUGGCUUUCUUCACGCGUUAAUGCACUGAUGCAUGCUAUUUCCUGAAUUUUGAUUUGUUGCUCUGUCCUGCUCACACAGCGCU